AUGUUACGAAGGAAUUGCUUGGCUCCAAAGUCUACGGAAGCUUGGCAAAAGACUUCCUUAUUUAGCUCUACAUGCACGGUUAAAGGCAAAAUAUGUCGCUUCGUCAUCGAUUCGGGUUGCUCCGCCAAUGUAGUGUCAGAGGAAGCUGUUAAGAAACUUGAUCUCACAACCGAAACACAUCCUCACCCUUAUCGCUUAUUGUGGAUGCAAACCGGCGCAGAAGUGCUGGUAUCUAAACGAACUCUUCUAUCACUUUCAAUUGGAUCCUUCUAUAAAGACACCUUGUACUGCGAUAUUGCGCCUAUGGACGUGUCUCAUAUCAUCUUGGGCCGACCUUGGCAAUAUGAUCAUGAGGUGAUGUACAACGGGAAACAGAACACGCAUUCAUUCAUGUUCGAAGGCCGUAAGAUCACCUUACUACCUUCGCCAGAACCGGACAUCGCUAUCCCUAAAAGCAUACAUCAAAAUUCAUCGAAACAAGGUCUCCUUAUCAUCUCCAAGUCGCAGUUUGAAGAAGAAAUUCGAGAACACUGUCUGAUUUUUGCCUUGGUAGCGACAUAUGCUACUUCUGACCGGGCAAUGGAGGUUCCUACGGAGUUCUCUGCACUCAUCACCGAGUUUCAGGAUCUAUUUCCUGACGAGCUCCCGGCAGGUUUGCCACCGCUUCGGGACAUACAACAUCACAUCGAUAUCGUUCCUAAUGCUUCUUUACCUAACCGAGCUCGUUAUCGAAUGAGUCCCGAAGAGCAUGAAGAAUUAAGGCGACAAGUAGAGGGACUCUUACUCAAGGGUUAUAUACAAGAGAGCCUCAGCCCCUGCGCGGUACCGGCACUCCUUAUCCCAAAAAAGGAUAAAACUUGGCGUAUGUGUGUGGAUAGUCGUGCAAUAAACCAGAUCACAACGCGAUACCGAUUUCCAAUCCCACGACUCGAUGACCUCCUGGAUCAAAUUGGCAAGGCAUCUAUUUUUACGAAGCUGGAACUUAAAAGUGGCUAUCAUCAAAUUCGUAUACGACCAGGUGAUGAAUGA